GAUAACUAAAUUUAAUAUUAUUGACGUAUAUUUGCUUAUACACGGACGCAAUAACACAACUCAAACAAAUAGUGACGUAACGUAACACAAUACGCAACCCGUUGCACCGGAGGUGAAUAUGCAAACUAACUUAGCGCACGCCAUUAUCAAAAGUAGAACACUUCAAAAAUGUCAAGCUAAGGCGCUGCGAUGAGUUGGUCAAUCAGGUCUAUGUCUUCAAGGUCAUUAUCUAAUCCGCGGGUCCUUCCACAGUCGGAGAGCGAGGUGCCGGCAGAGCGGCCGAGCGGGUGGGGUGACGCAGCGGCCGCCGUCACUCGCUCAGUCGUCGCGUUGCCGUGAACUUGGCCUGAUCUGGUCUGUCACACUGGCCCCGAGGCCUUAUCGGAGGCGCCGCCCACGGCCUAUAAUAGCUGGGCCGGCGUCUCCCCCUGACUAUAGAGUGGGCUGUGACUCCGUCAGACAUGUUGCGCGUCCUCUGCUUCCUCGCGGCCGUCGCCGCCGCCACCGCUUGCACGCCCUGCACGUGUGGGGUGGCUAGAGGAGCGCGUGUAGUUGGAGGCGAGGCGGUGAUUCCUGGCGAGUUCCCCUGGCUGGCGGCCCUGAAGAGGGACGGGAAAGUCAUCUGCGGAGCCACUGUCGUCGCCAGGGAUCAUCUCAUUACUGCUACGCAUUGUGUACACGGGAUAGAGGCAUCCCGUCUGUCGGUCCUUGUCGGCGAAUACGACGUGAACUCUUCGCGGUCUGACGGCUUCGAGGUGGUCCACGUGGUGCAACAUCCCGACUUCAACAGAUACACGUAUGAUUAUGACAUAGCGGUGCUCAGACUGGCAGAGCCGCUGCCUGAUAAACUGUACCGGCCUGCUUGCUUACCAGAUGCUGAAGACUUAGAUGAAGGAGAAAACGCAAUAGUCACGGGCUGGGGCAGCACGGUAGAGAAGGGCCCGUCUUCCAACAUACCGUUCAAAGCAUCAGUCAAAAUCUGGGACCAAGAAGACUGCUCCGGCGCGGGGUAUGGCAGGAGGAAAGUCACGCCGCGCAUGUUGUGCGCCAACGCUUUAGACAGAGACGCGUGUACAGGGGAUUCCGGUGGCCCACUGCUCCUGCCGCAUCCCUACUACACUCUUGUUGGUAUUGUUUCGUGGGGCCGGGGUUGCGCUAGACCAGGAUACCCUGGUGUUUAUGCCCGAGUCGGCCGCUUCCUGCCGUGGCUGCGAGUAGCACUUCGUCAUGCCUGCACCUGCCAGCCUCCCGCCUAUGGUUGAUACAAAUAUCGAUUAAAAUAACUAUCAUGUAAUGAAUAUUGAGCAUGUCCAGAACGCAUAUAAACAAAACUAUCACGAAUAUGAUAAUGGGAUUCAUCUCAAUUAGUCGAUAUCAAAAAAAUCGACUAACUGUACUAAAGAUUUAUAAAAUUCUGUACAAAUAUGUCCUGAGGCUAUAGAUAUUAGAGCCAUGAUUGCAAGAGGCAUAUUAAAAGAAGCUAAAACCGCCUAAUUCCAACUAUUGUUAAUUAUAUCGUAUAUUUUAAUUUGAUAUUUAACUUCCAAUUUAAUUAAGUUUGUACUGUGGAUUUGACUAUUGUGAAUUGUUACAUUCAAUUUGUUUCUGCAUUAUUAAUACUUUACAUUUGUUAAUGCAAUCGUCAGUAUUAUAGAGUUAUAGUAAUUUAAGUAGUUGUUUAGUAACUUAAGGCUGUGAUUAAAUUAAAACUUUGUUUUAAUAAUUGUAAAUUUAUGCUGUUAGGAAAUAUGUAAAGAACGUUAAAUUUAAGUUAGAUUACCUAAGUACAAUAAAUAAGUUUAAAAUUGAACGAAUAAAAUUGCUUGUGUCAAAA